AUGUCUAGGGAUAUUUCGCAUUUCAUAGCGAACUUGAACUCGCUUGACCCUAUCGACUCACCCUCCUUUUCUGGUGAUCAUAGUGGAUCUCCGGGAAAUGGCCAGGGAUCAAGUAAUGGUCGAAACGUUAAGAAUGAACAAGAUGACGAACUCUCUAUUUUUGCCAACACCCAGUUUUUUGAUUUUGACAUGGGCCGUUCUACUGAUAUUGCAGUAACAGUGGACGACCUUCUCAUGCAACAAGAGAAGCUGCUACAGAACCCUAAGGGAAAGCCACAUCCAGAUGAGGCUCAGGGAAGUAGUAGUGGCAGUAGCCAUAAUGGAAAUAGCGGUUAUUAUACGAAUAGCCACCAUUCUCAUGGGGGUCUACAUCAUAUCAACCAAUAUCCAAGCCAUCAACUGCCUGGUAGUUCGUCUAUUGGCAAUAGCCAUACUAGUGCUGGCGCUAGUUCUACUACAGCUGAUGGCCCCACCGGUCAUAAUAAUUCCAGCCUUCGCAAUGGUGCUAAUCAUAAUAAUCAAACUAAUCAAGAUCAGAACUCUGCUGCUGUUGUAGCGGCUGCAACUGCUCCGAAUAACAAUCAUCUUAACGGACUAGUAGCUCCUUUCGAUUUUGCUACGUUACAACAGUUCUCGAUAGCUAAUGAGCUCCCACCCCAUUCUAUUCAUCAGUCACCAGCUCUUUCGGGUGUAAGCACCCCUCUUCAUUCUCCUCAUGUCGGCCCUGUAGGUAGCACUGCUUCUAUCCACGGCACUCCUAUUGUAUCAUUAGAUCAAGCUAGUGCCAAACUUUCUGGAUAUGUACCUAAUAGUGCUAAUGGCACUGUCAAGCCGUCAGCUACAGCCAAUAUUGUGAGUCCAUCGACAUCAUUACCGAGGCGAAAGUCGUCUACGACAACAGCCACGAGACAGACUAAUCGUUUAUCAACAUCGGGCUCUACUGGAUCUGGGGAUUCUGCGUCACCUCCUAAUUCCGAGGUGAAUCUUGCUGAAGAAGACAAGCGCCGUCGUAAUACUGCUGCCUCUGCUAGGUUCCGUAUCAAGAAAAAGAUCCGUGAGCAAGAAAUGGAGCGGAACGCCAGAGAGCUUAUGGAGAAAGUGCAGCAGCUAGAAACUAAGGUCAUGCAGCUUGAGAUGGAGAAUCGAUGGCUGAAAAAUCUGGUUGUCGAAAAAAACGAGGCCAGAGACGUCAGUGAACUGCUCAACAUGCGCAAUAGAAUUCUCGGAAAGUCAGAGGAUGGCAGUGAUGCUACUGCUGAUUCCAGAGUAUAA